GCACAAACCCGGCGGUGGCCGGGAGCCAGCAGCGCGCAGCUCGCGGCCCGGGCCGGAGGCCAGGCGCGGCCGGGGCAGGGCCAGACGCCAGGCGUGGGGCAUGCGCCCCCCGAGUGGGCCCUGCGCCCCCCGAGCGGGCCCCGCGCGGUUUCUGCAGACACGUGAAUGAGCCACCCGCCAACCGCCACCCCCCAGUGCCCGGUGUGAGAAGGAGGCGUCGCCUGCCUGCCGCUGGCAUGCCCCGCCAGCCCUGAGCCUGAGCCCGGCGGCCCCCGCCCCUGCCCCCCGCCACCCUGCACUGCCCCGGCUCCCCCGCGGCCCCCACACUGCAGUGCGGCCGGGCCCCCUCCCCCCAGGGGCCGCCCCCGCCGCCGCCCCGCCCUGGUGCCCGGGGCGGCCCGGCCCGCAGGGCCAUGAAGCUGCAGGCGGUGAUGGAGACGCUCCUGCAGCGGCAGCAGCGGGCACGCCAGGAGCUGGAGGCCCGGCAGCCACCGCCGCCACCCCCCGAGCCCUCGGCUGGCCCCCCGGCCCGUGCCAGGGCCGCCCCGGACGAGGACAGGGAGCCCGAGAGCGCCCGGAUGCAGCGGGCGCAGAUGGCCGCGCUGGCCGCCAUGCGAGCCGCCGCCGCCGGCCUCGGCCACGCGCCCAGCCCCGGCAGCUCCGAGGAUGGGCCCCCCGGCUCGGAGGACGAGGACGUGGCCCCAGAGGGGGCACCAGGGUCUCCCCCCGCACCCGGCCGAGGCAGGGAGGCGACUGGCCUCCCUGAAGGUGACGGUCACUUCGAGGGCUCCGACGAUGACCUGAAGCCGAAAUGGGAGGAGGAGGAGGAGGAGGAGCUGGAGGACGAUCUGGGGGACGAGGAGGACGACGAGGAGGACGAAGACUACGAGGACGAGGAGGGGCUCGGCCCCCCGGGCUCCGCCGGCCUGGGCCCCGCAGCCCUGUUCCCGCGCAAGGCCCAGCCGCUCCAGGCCUUCCGCGGCGACGGCGGGCCCCGGGCUCUGGGCGGCCAGGAGCGCCCGGGGGCUGGCCCGGCCCUCCCCGGAGGGGCUGCCCCCGCGGUGCCCCAGCUGCAGCCGCCGGACCACGGGGAGUGGACGUACGAGGAGCAGUUCAAGCAGCUCUACGAACUGGACGGGGACCCCAAGAGGAAGGAGUUCCUGGAUGACUUGUUCAGCUUCAUGCAGAAGCGAGGGACGCCCGUGAACCGCAUCCCCAUCAUGGCCAAGCAGGUGCUCGACCUGUUCAUGCUGUACGUGCUGGUAACGGAGAAGGGCGGCCUGGUGGAGGUCAUCAACAAGAAGCUGUGGCGGGAGAUCACCAAGGGCCUCAACCUGCCCACGUCCAUCACCAGCGCCGCCUUCACGCUGCGCACCCAGUACAUGAAGUACCUGUACCCCUACGAGUGUGAGAAGCGUGGCCUCAGCAACCCCAAUGAGCUCCAGGCGGCCAUCGACAGCAACCGGAGGGAGGGCCGGCGCCAGAGCUUUGGAGGCUCCCUCUUCGCCUACUCACCGGGCGGGGCCCACAGCAUGCUCUCCUCGCCCAAGCUCCCUGUGUCCUCCCUGGGCCUGGCCGCCAGCACCAAUGGCAGCUCCAUCACCCCAGCCCCCAAGAUCAAGAAAGAGGAGGACUCGGCCAUCCCCAUCACGGUCCCCGGCCGCCUGCCAGUCUCCCUGGCGGGUCACCCUGUGGUGGCAGCCCAGGCAGUAGCGGCCCAGGCGGCCGUGGCGGCACAGGCAGCCGCCCUGGAGCAGCUCCGGGAGAAGCUGGAGUCUGGGGAGCCUCCUGAGAAGAAGAUGGCCCUGGUGGCAGAGGAACAGCAGAGGCUCAUGCAGCGAGCGCUACAGCAGAACUUUCUGGCCAUGACGGCCCAGCUGCCCAUGAGCAUCCGGAUCAACAGCCAAGGCUCCGAGAGCCGCCAGGACUCGGCUGCGAACCUGACCAGCACCAAUGGCAGCAACAGUAUUAGCAUGUCAGUAGAGAUUAAUGGAAUCAUGUACACAGGAGUGCUGUUCGCCCAGCCGCCGGCCCCCACGCCACCCUCGGCUCCCAGCAAAGGCGGAGGUGGCAGCAGCCGGGGAGCAAACAGCGGGACCAGCAGCAGCGCGGGCAGCCAGGCGGGGCCAGCGGGGUUGUCUGCACCCCCCGCAUCUUCUACCUCAAAUAACUCAUUGCCUUAACCGCUACACUCCUCACCCUGGGAGCCCACCAGACGGGGCAGGGGGUCCAGGUGGGCCAAGCAGGGGCCGGGAUGGCGGGAGAUACGGGUGGGGAGGGGAGGUAUCCACAAAGGAGCGACAGCUAACGCCAAAAAGAAAAGAAAAUAUAUAUAUACAUAUAUAUAUAUAUAUAUAUAUAUAAAGAAAAUUUAAUAAAACAGGGGAAAACCAAGGAACACUUGAAUUACUCAGGUUUCGGACAUUCAGAGAGACGAAUUGUGAGAGCAGCAAAGGAAAUGAGAAACAAGGGAGGCAGAUGUCUCCCAGGGCUUUCCUGCAGCCCUGGUGGACCCACGUGGACUGGUGUCUAGUUUGGACAGGCCAAUCCUGUUUACCUCAUACAUCCCUGCACUGUGUUUUUUCAUUUUUAAUCUGUUUUUUUCCCUUUUUUUUUUCCCUCUUCAUUACACACUCACCACACCCAGCUCCUUGCAUUGAAUGAAACCCCUGAGCCAAGAUCAGUUGAAUUUCUUUUCUUGUUGCUUUCGGGAACUUUUUUUUUUUUUUUUAAAGAAAUAGUGAACUUCAAAGUCUGUAGGGUUUUUAAGAGGUUUCGGGGGUUUUGUUUUGUAAAUAUUCUAUUUUAUUCUUGGGGGAGGAAUCAAACCUAGGAAAAGGAUAUAUAUAUCUAUAUAUUUGUGUUCAUUCAGGGAAACUGGACUUGAAAAAGCAAAAAAAAAAAAGAAAAAAAGAAAAAAGUAAUACCCUUUUUAUUUUUCCCAUGACUGAUUUGGGUUCGGUUGUGCAUUUCCUGUGGCGCAGUGGGCAGCUGGCAGGUCCAGGACACUGGAUCCCUGGGCUAGAGUCAGCAGAGCCGAUGAACUCAGGUGCUGUGGGCCGGGCUGGGGUAGGGGCUGCAUGCCGGGGGUCCGUGGGGAAGGGGAGCAGGAAUGUUGAAUGGUAGACAUCACCGUACUUGUUCUUACUUCAUGCGGGGCUCCUCAGUCAGGAAUCCCGAAGUCUUAACUCGAGAGGAGAAAGUGCUGGGAGGGGGUUCACCUGUCAGCCCCAGGCUCCUGUCUCAGGGAUGAAUACGGCCUGGGGACUCCCUUGCCUGAAAGGGCUGCUUUUGGAGACUUGUCCAUGCCGGGGGACAGGGGUGAGCCGGCCUUAGCUCAGGGCAGGGUUUCUGUGGGGCCACGGCACCCUGAACACCACCCCUCCCCCCAGCAUUUUCAUCUCCUCCACUUUGUCCCUUCUUACUUCCUGGGGGCCCUGCAGUAACUAAAGGAACUAAAUAGAGGCCGAGAAGGGGCCGCGCCCCUCCCUCUGUGACCCCGUCCCCCGGGUCAGAAGGUGGGCAUCGGGUGGGGCACAGCUGGGGGGGCAUUAGUUCAGGGCUGGUGAAGGUCUCCACCAGGCGAGCUGCACAUCCGUCCUAAACCCAGGCGCGGUUUGGGGUCCCGGGGGACCAGGUGGUGUUGGGUGGGGCCGUAGCUCCCACAAGGUAGCGCUCUUUCACGUUCCUCUGGGGUGGGGUGGGAAGAACUCAGCUGUUCCCAGGGUGAGCCUGGAACCUCUAAUUGGGCCCAGGGAACCCGGCCUAACGAGCCCGGAGCGGGAGGGCACCGCCGGCCGCCUCCGGCCUCCAGACCCAGGCGUCAUCUUGUUGCCUUGCAGACCAUGAGGGUGGUCCUGAGCUCACCCCCACCCCAGUCUUUGGGAGGGAGCCCGUUUCCUUGGUAUAUCUCAGGGUCGCUGACGCCCCCCACCCUUCCAGGAGGGGGUAGCGCUGGGCGUGGGGCUUUCUUCCUGCUUUUCCUUCUGGAAGGUUCUCCCCUCCCGUCUCUCACUGCAGCGGCACAAUCAUUGUGGGAGGGGGAUCCUUUUGUCCCCAGACACAAUCUGCCCCCCUCUCGCCAUCACCCCCCCUUCUCCCUCUCCUCUCCCCGCACCUGACGGCAGGAGCGUGGGAGGCUACCCUCUGCCCCCCCCCUCCGCCCCCCAUUCUGCCGGCUGCGUGGGUGGGGGGGGUCUCUGCUGCGAGUUUCUUUCUACCUCAGGUCUGACUUUUGAUGCCAAAACCCCCGCCCGGCCGCCCACCCCCACCAGCCCCCAGCUCAGGGUCCCACCCCCGUGUGUCCUGUUGAGCAUCCACAUGUGUCUGGGGGAGCGGGUGUCCUGCAGGAGAGGUGCCUUCCCCCAGGUCUAACUCAGGGUGUGCCUGCGGUGCUGGGCGACGCUGAUGAUUGUAGGGGAUGGGGUUGGGGGGGCGUGGGCCCAGGAUGGGGGGAGUCUACCGGCCGUGGAAACGCGAGGGGGGCCCGGGGCCAGCAGGCACUCAGCCCCCAGGGGGCCCUGCCUUUGCCUGGGGUGCCCCCAUCAGCCCCCUACACUCCCAACCUCGCCUGUCAGUGGGGGUUUCUCGGGUGCCGCUCAGCACCCCUUAUGCAAACCGGGGCGGGGAUGGGGGCUGAGUGCUGUUCAUUUCAGAACAGGUGGGGCUUAGCAGCAUGCUGAGGGUGGGGACCCCCAAACUCAGGGUGGAGAGGGGCUCCAGAGGCUCCCCUGCUCUGGAGAUGCUUGUGGAUGGGCUGCUUCUAGAACCUUCCUUGUGACCUCCAAACCGGCCGCAGGGCUGUAGCUG